UCGACCGGAAGUGAAUUCAUCACAGCUAAAACUCGAAUUCUGCGCGCAGAGUGCUGUGUCAUUGUUGGUGUUUACCUUGCCUACUGCUGAUCAAGACCUUGUGGUAUGAGAACAACCAAAAUGUCAGUUUUACUUCAAAGGAGAAUGACUUUAUUCAUGAAAGCCGCAUUGUUUGUUUGCUUCGUGCAAGUUUUUCUUGGAGCAACAUUAGCUCAGCCCGCAGCGGACGAAGUGACGGCGCUGCCUGGUUUAUCCGGUCCGCUCAGCUCCAAACAAUAUUCUGGAUAUCUGCAGGCGUCGGGCACAAUCAAACUGCACUAUUGGUUUGUUGAAUCGCAAGGUAACCCGGUUGACGACCCUGUACUUCUGUGGUUGAAUGGAGGUCCUUCCUGUAGCUCUAUCAUGGGCUACCUCACAGAACUUGGGCCAUAUUGGGUCAACAGUGAUGGGAAAACUCUCUCUGCCAAUGAUUUCAGUUGGACCAAAGUGGCCAGUGUCAUCUUUCUGGAAUCACCGGCUGGUGUAGGCUAUUCCUAUGCAGGUAGCCCAGAUUACACUACCAAUGAUGAUAAGACUGCUGAGAACAAUUUGUUGGCCCUCUUGGAUUUCUUCAAGAAAUUCCCCAACUUGGUCAAGAAUGAUUUCUACAUCAGUGGAGAGAGCUAUGCUGGAAUUUACAUACCAACUCUGGCUGUGAAAAUCAUGGAGCAAAAAGCAAACAUCAAUUUUAAGGGAUUUGCUAUUGGCAAUGGUGCUUUAGACAUUCACUUGCUUGUUGAGACCUCAUAUCAGUAUGCCUACUACCAUGGCAUCAUCGGUGACAGGCUGUGGAAGCAAUUACAGUUGAGCUGUUGUAAGGACGGAUCUUGUCAGUAUAUUGGCAGUACAAAUCCAGCAUGUGUUGAUGCGCAAAAAGAGGCUCAAUAUUUUCUAAAGCACAUUGGCCUGAACCCCUAUGACGUGACAGGUGAUUGCAAAGGGAGUUACUCCAGUGAAAUGAACAGCUUCUCCAUGCUGAACUUCCUGGGUUCUUGGAAAAGCACAUCUGGACCACCGGGACUGCACAGUGCAUUUCUGCCUUGUAUCGAUACAACCCAAGGUGACGCCUACAUGAAUAUACCUGAAGUACGGACAGCUCUACACAUACCCAGCUCCCUCACCCUAAAGUGGACUAGCUGCAACCCUGCGUUAGCAGCCAAUUACACCAACCAGUACACAUCCAUGCACAGCCAAUUCACAACCCUCCUGCCCAACUACCGAGCGCUGAUCUACAACGGUGACGCGGACGACGUCUGCAACUUCCUUGGGGAUCAGAAGUUUGCGGCUUCGUUGAAUCAGACGGAGUUGGGGGAGCGUAGACCCUGGAUGUAUGAAGGGCAAGUGGCUGGGUUCGUUAAGGAGUACAAACAGUUGACCUUCAUGACCGUCAAGAACGCUGGUCACAUGGUGCCUAUGAAUACCCCCGGGCCUGCCCUGCAAAUGAUAACAAACUUCUUGAAGGCUCAACCACAGUAACACAGUGGAACAUCAACAUGAUGGUGUCCAUGGAAGAUUGUUUGGUAUAGUGGUCGUUCAUUAUAACGAUUUUCGGUUUCAGGUGCUACAGGAAGUAUGUAGUAGGCAGGGCUGCUUAGUGUGGUACAGAAAUAACGGGAUAUUCACAUGUCUUUCAGUUUCAAAGAGUCUAUUCAUCUGAGGAAAUAAAGUAUUCUAUCAAUCUAUUUUUGUAGGUCUUUUACAUGUUAUAGAUGGAACAGGCCUUGAUUUUCUGUAGUGUUGAUUUAUAAGAGUAUAGUUUGUGAGUUGGUUUAGGUACUUACACAUGUAUGUUUAUGAGGUUCUGUAUUGUUGCAAAAAUUCCCACUAAGAAUUCGUAAUUUGAUAUAUUUAACCAAAGAAUAUUCUCUCGUUUUAUUAAAUUUUAAUUUUAUAAAGUUCUUUUCUUUUUGUCAUAGAAAAUAUGAAAUUAGUUUUAUGGUCCAUUUUGCCUUCAUGGGAAAAAGAGUAAAUAAAUAUAAAUUACCACUGUCACUUUUUUAUAGGCUUUUAUACGUACUAAAAUUUAUUGCAAUUCAUGAAAUUUACAAAAAAAUUAAUUAAUUGACUUUGUAAAGAAAUAUACAAAGGUUCCACGUGGUUGGAAAAUAGUAAAGUCUAACUAGAAAUAAAUCUGUUCAUUAAUAACAAACUUAAAACUACAUGUAAAAACA